CGCAUUCCCCUGGCUCUCUCCUCUCCAUUAUAUAAACACUACAGUGACCGCCCAAUCGGCAGUGCACCGUUUCUACUCGCACUCGCACACACCACUACCUUUUAAAAGCCCCCACCACCCCUGCGCUGCACGCUCAGCUCAGCUCAGCUCAGCUCACAGUGGAGGAGACAUCACACGAGAGGGAGCAGAAGCGCGCGAGGAGAUCAGGCCACGCCCACGACCACCAGAAACACGACGGGAUGGCGUGCAUCAACAUGUACCGCCCGGACGGCGCAGCGGGGUUCAGCGGCGGGCCGCAGCCACCGGUGGCGAUGGGCCCGCGCAUCUCCUUCUCCAGCGACUUCGCAGUCGAGCCGCCGCCGCCGCCGGUGCAGAACCGGGCGAUGAGCCUGCGCUGCCAGGAGGACCUUAACUUCGAGUUCUCGGUGGGCAGCCACCCCAUGAUGGCCGCCGACGAGCUCUUCUCCAAGGGCAGGAUCCUGCCCCUCAAGAGCGGCGGCGCUUUCGCCGGCCGACCGCCCACCACGCUCCGCGAUGAGCUCCGUGCUGGAGGCGCCGACGACGACGAGAGGGCCUCGACCAAGGGGUCCAGCCGGUGGAAGGAGAUGCUCGGCCUGCGGAAGGCGCUCUGCGUGGUCAGCGGCGGCCACGGUGCGGCCAAGAAGAGCGACGAGGCCAUCGCCGACGCCGACAUGGUCACCGACAUGGCCGCGUCCAAUCAGGAGCUAUGAUGAGGUGACCGAUGGGGGAGACUUGGGACUCAAAUUGACAUACUCCAUACGAACUCAAGCUUCUGUCCUCCAUCGUGAUGUUGUUGAUCAACCUCUCGAAUCGUGCUUGUCAUCGGCUAGUCUUUGUAGAUUGUUUUGAGUUUGCUUGUGUGCUAGAUGGCCAGUGUGUGAUGAAAAGAGCAAAAAAAUUAUGUAUUUUCCUUGCGUAAGUGCUCUCUCUAGCAAGCUGCUCACUCACUAGAUCCAUUAUCAGUCUUUGCUGCUUCUCCGUUUUCUCUUCUUUUUAUUUCACUUCUUGCUUUCUCUCCACCCUGUAUAAAGUGCUUGUGUAGAUGGGAAAUUUAUGGUGCAAUGAUUAGUUUGCCGGGUGGCCAGAUCUGUGAA